CCUGACAACGCAUAGGCUGUUUGGAUCAUCACACAAGUAAUGAUGUUGAGGAACAUAAAUUGACACGGAUUUAAAUAUACUAAAGAAAAUUUAAAACCGUCGUAUAUGACCGAUUAAGGACAGCACGUUUUCAUGACCCUCUUAAACUUAUUUUAUUUCCACGUUACUGAAACGAAGCAACCUGCUACAUGUGACAGGAACUCCAAAUCCGCGUUGAAAAGUUUCGCUCUCAGAUGGAGUGACAUGAAUUUACAGUUCAACCUCUGCAGCUGUACUGUCCUCUUCUAAGGUUCUUUCAUUUCCAUCAUGUUGGUUCAUGUUCUGCUGCUGCUUCUACAUGUAUGUGGAGGAGGUGCGUCUCCCAUUCAGUGUUAUGAUGAUCAGGGGAAACCUGUUGACUGGUUUUACCUGUACAAACUGCCACACCUUCAUCUUAUGCCAGCAGAGGAGGGGCUGAAGUAUUUGUACAUGGAUGCAGGGAGUGAAGGAUGGGCUGAUGGAAAGACGUUAAUAAAUGACACUCAAAGUGCUGUUGGUAGAACAUUAGCGCCUCUAUAUGAGGGUGGUGAUGUUGGGUAUAUCUUAUAUAAUGAUCAACCCCCACAGAAGAAGCAUUUAGAUGCAAGCAGCACCUGUGGCCACACCAAAGGUGUUGUUGUCUUUGAUAAACAACAGGGUUUCUGGUUGGUUCACAGCACGCCUCAUUUCCCCCCUCCCAAAACAGAUGGGCAGUUUUCGUACCCCAGCUCUGGGAUAAAUAACGGACAGAACUUUAUCUGUGUCACUUAUCCUUUCGAGCGCUUUCAGACGAUCGGUGAGCAGUUGAAAAUCAACCAGCCUCACAUAUAUGACUGCAGUAUUCCCGCUUCCCUGGCCGCUGCUGUACCUGCUAUGGCACAGCUCUGUAAACAUACACUGGGCAGAUGGGAAAACGCUUCCUCCUCCCCAGCCAAUCGCAGCAUCUCCCUCCUGUCAUUGGCUGGAACAGAAUUCAUUAGCUUUGCAAAGGGUGCAUCCUUCGACAAUGAUCUGUAUCACUCCUGGGUGGCACCCACGCUGCAGUCCAACCUGCUGGUGCAGUUCUGGCGUCGCUCCACGGGCAUCCUGCCCUCUGACUGCUCUCCAAACUGGGAAGUCCUAAACGUGGAUCUCAUUUCCCCGGGCCAGCGCAUCACAUUCAAGGCCACGGCGGACCACUCUAAGUGGGCCAUCAGUACCGACGGCGGGUAUGUGGGACCGUCUGGCAGCUGGGUCUGCGUGGGAGACAUCAAUCGUGACAAGGCGGAAGAGAAGAGGGGCGGGGGGACGGUUUGUCAUCGAGAUGCUGUGGUGUGGAAGGCCUAUCGUACGGCCGCCCUGCAGUGCGAGACCUGUGAGGGUAAAGUCCAGACGUGCGAUAAAGCUGUGUGAUAUAUCACUGAUCAAGAUGAGUUCAUGAGACACUUCAACAAAAGCAGAAUGAUUGCUGAUGUAGGUGUCAACAGGUAUGAUUUAGAUUUGAUAUAACUUGAAUGUUUUUUUAUUAUGGAACGAUGUGACGGACACAAUUAAGAUAACGUGCAAUUGGACUGUAAAUUUAUGAUUAUAGCUUUUAAAUCAUGUCGCUUGAGGAGAACCUGCUGUAAAUCUUAUUUUAAUACAAUAGUUUUAUGUUAUCGAGAUCAUAAUUUAAUUAAUUAUUUUUUUAAAUGCAGAAGAUUUAAAAAUGCAAAUGUGCAUCAUUAAAGAAACCAAACAGAAUUGCUAAAAUAAUGACGUUCGUUAUCAUAUGAAUAAUGAUUUGUAAUGUCUGCCAGUAGUGCUGCAAAAUAGUAACAUUCUUGAACUUUCACUGGGGAUAACAGAGGUGCAUUGUGGGAAUUAGGUUGAAAUGUGUCUAGUGCAGAUUCAUGUUUUCAUUCACACAUCUGUAUAACAUUUUUUGACAUUAUAUCAAGAAAUAAACAAUAAA